AUGCAGGCCAAGCAAACGCUAAGUGGGUCUGGCAGAGUGGAGGCUCCAGCUUCUGAGGACUUUGAUUCGCAGCAGCCAGAGGAUUUUAUCAUCCACAACACGGAGAGGAAAUGGCUUACUAUGGCCCCAGCUGACGUCAAGCAGCGUGAAGUCAACCCUCUCCUGCUCACUCCACGCUCCUGCUACAUCUGCCCCUCCUCCUCACGCCACGCUCGUCCAGGCUCUUGA